AUGCACAUGGAUGGCCAUUCCCAUAGUUUAUUCGUUGAGGGCCGUUUGAGCAUGAUUACCGUAUCAAUCUUGAGACGUAAAAGGUAUCCCUUUAAUGAUAUGCGCUGGAAAACUAUCCCGUGGCUUAAGCAGCCCAAAUCACCCCAAGACUUGCUCAUCCAUAUUUUGGGCGAAAUACCAGCUCUUCUCGAAGACACAGACACUGCUAUCCUUCAAAAAGAUUCUCAGAAGGCUGCCGUCCUUGAAAAGGUAUUGGGAGAAUGCUGGAAGAUCAACGACCAGCUCAAAUGGUGGUUGGAGAACAUAGGGCCUGAGUCACUCGCUGCCCACACUCUACAAGCUCAGGAACUACCAUCUUCAUCUGCGGCCAAUAACACUGCCGCUGACCAUAAGAUGCGCCUAUACUGGGCUGCUCAUCUCUCGAUACACGCCACGAUUUGGCUCAUUCUUCGCUCGAACCAGCCUAAAAUCCAAAUAAACGAGAAUCACAUCUCUCAUCAGUCCUAUCCUGAACUCUACUGCAUGAAUAUCAUCGAAACCGCGAGAAGAAUUUCCAACCCUCUAGUUGACGCUUUUGAGUAA